AUGAAGGACAUUCUCGUCAACGAGAGAUAUCGUGUCGAUUACAAGAUCGGCCAAGGUGGCUUCGGCCUCGUCUAUGCGGGCACGGAUAUACAGACAAACGCGCAAGUCGCUCUAAAGCUCAUGUCUUACGCCAAUGACGCCGAUAUUCUCAAUGCCGAGGCAGAGGUGUACAAGUCACUUUCCGGCGGCACUGGAAUCCCGCGAGUUCUGUGGUACGGGGAGGAAUGUGAAUAUUCCGUCUUGGCUCAUGAGAUUCUUGGCCCUUCGCUAGAGGAUCUCUUCAACUACUGCGACCGGCGCUUCUCGCUCAAGACGGUCCUCUUGCUGGCUGACCAGGCCAUCUCGCGAAUCGAGUACAUCCACAAGAAAGGCUUCCUCCAUCGCGACAUCAAGCCCGACAACUUCCUCAUGGGUCUCGGCAGACAGGGAAAUGUGCUGUACACAAUCGACUUUGGUUUGGCCAAGGAACACGGCAGUGGCGAGCUCUGGAGAUUGUGCGGCCCCUUCUUUGGUGGCACCGUUCGAUACGCCAGCAUCAACAACCACAACGGGCGCGAGCAUUCCUGGGGCGACGACCUCGAGUCCCUCGGAUACGUCUUGCUGUAUUUCGCCCGCGGCUCUCUGCCGUGGCAGGGCAUGAAAGCCGCCAACGACAAGGAGAGGACCGAGCUCAUCAAGGACAAGAAGAUGAGUCUUUCGGCGAAGGCACUCUGCGAGGGGCUCCCACUGGAAUUUACCCAGUACAUCGAACAUACCCGGUCACUGGGGUUUGAGGAAAGACCCAAAUACGCCUACCUCCGUCUUCUUUUCCGCCGUCUCUUUGCCGCUCAGGGCUACCAGCACGACAACGUAUUUGACUGGACCGAGAAGCUGUUUCACGAGAUGCACGGAAGCUCUGUCGAGCUGGCGCCUCCAUCGUCGCGGAAGAAGAAUCGGCCGGCCAAAGAGGUGGCGACAGGCAAAGUCUCCAAGAACCGUCAGAAUCGAAAAGCACGACAGCGUGCAUCGAAAAAGGGGCCCUAA